GGUCCAUGUCACAAUCUAUUUGGAACCGUACCCGGACCCCCUGCCAGGACUCAGGUGUGCACGGUCCCAGGUGAGACGCACGCGGACAGAGCCUGAUGCAGAGAUGGUGUGCCCGGAUGGCAAGGCCUUUGAUACUCCGUCCGUUCUGAUAACGGAUAAAAGGAUACAUACUGAAGAAAGACUUUUUUCUUGCCCCGACUGUGGCAAAAGCUUUGGUCACAGAUCAACCCUCAUCCGGCAUCAGAGUUUUCACUGUAGAACCAAGAAGGGCAAAAUUCCAGCUUCUUCCAGCAGCCCAAUGCUGUCCGUAGAGGUCCAGCGCUCUUAUAAGUGCGGCAUCUGCCAGGAGACUUACCCAAGCCCCAAUGAGCUAAAGAGACACCUAAGAAGCCACACCGGAGAUCAGCGCUACGUGUGCCAGGAGUGUGGCCGCACCUUCACCUGUAACUUCUACCUGGUCCGUCACCAGAGGACACACACCGGGGAGAGACCCUUCAGCUGCCCGCAGUGCGCCAAGAGCUUCAAGUGCAGCUCCGUCCUGUUCCGGCACCAGAGGACCCACUCCAGGGAGCAGCCGUAUAAGUGUGACGUGUGUACCAAGGGCUUCUCUCAGAAGACCAGUCUGAUCAUCCACCUGAGGACGCACACGGGAGAGCGCCCGUUCCGCUGCCAGGUCUGUGGGCGGAGCUUCUGCUCCAGCUCCGCCCUGAUCCGACACGCACAGAGUCACCGACGGGAUGGAUGUAGAGAAGGUGGAGACCAGCUGACGGGAGCAGAUGAGAGCCCUGUAAUGCUGAAGAUCCUGGAUGGUUUGUCAGAAGACACCCUGAGCUGGUCAUUCAGGACAGAGGGCGAGGGCCCAGCCACGACGCAGAAUGUCCCUGAGAUAGGGAUUAACUGCAGAUUUAUAGACAUGUGUUCAGAAAUCGUUCUGCAGAGAGAUGUCUGCUCAGAAGAAGUGGCAGCCAUUGUGGAGCCUGGAGGUGGUGCAGAGCUGCAUGACACAGGACAGGGUGCGGUUACUGGACGUGAAGACUGGACAUCUGAUACACAUGUAGAGCGUCAGGACACAGGACAGGGUGCGGUUACUGAGCAGGAAGACUGGACAUCUGGUACACAUGCAGAGCAUGACACAGGACAGGGUGUGGUUACUGAACGUGAAGACUGGACAUCUGGUACACAUGCAGAGCGUCAGGAGACAGGACAUGGUGCGGUUACUGAGCAGGAAGACUGGACAUCUGGUACACAUGCAGAGCGUCAGGAGACAGGACAUGGUGCGGUUACUGAGCAGGAAGACUGGACAUCUGAUACACAUGCAGAGCGUCAGGAGACAGGACAGGGUGCGGUUACUGAGCAGGAAGACUGGACAUCUGGUACACAUGCAGAGCAUGACACAGGACAGGGUGCGGUUACUGAACGUGAAGACUGGACAUCUGGUACACAUGCAGAGCGUCAGGAGACAGGACAGGGUGCUGUUAAUGAGCAGGAAGACUGGACAUCUGAUACACAUGCAGAGCGUCAGGAGACAGGACAGGGUGCUGUUAAUGAGCAGGAAGACUGGACAUCUGGUACACAUGCAGAGCGUCAGGAGACAGGACAGGGUGCGGUUACUGGACGUGAAGACUGGACAUCUGGUACACAUGCAGAGCGUCAGGAGACAGGACAGGGCGCUGUUACUGAGCAGGAAGACUGGACAUCUGAUACACAUGCAGAGCGUCAGGAGACAGGACAGGGUGCUAUUACUGGACGUGAAGACUGGACAUCUGGUACACAUGCAGAGCGUCAGGAGACAGGACAGGGUGCUAUUACUGAGCAGGAAGACUGGACAUCUGAUACACAUGUAGAGCGUCAGGACACAGGACAGGGUGCGGUUACUGAGCAGGAAGACUGGACAUCUGAUACACAUGCAGAGCGUCAGGAGACAGGACAGGGUGCUGUUAAUGAGCAGGAAGACUGGACAUCUGGUACACAUGCAGAGCGUCAGGACACAGGACAGGGUGCGGUUACUGGACGUGAAGACUGGACAUCUGGUACACAUGCAGAGCGUCAGGAGACGGGACAGGGUGCUGUUACUGAGCAGGAAGACUGGACAUCUGAUACACAUGCAGAGCGUCAGGAGACAGGACAGGGUGCUAUUACUGAGCAGGAAGACUGGACAUCUAAUACACAUGCAGAGCAUCAGGAGACAGGACAGGGCGCUGUUACUAAGCAGGAAGACUGGACAUUGGAGGCACAUGCAGAGCGUCAGGAGACAGUACAGGGUGCCGCCAGUGAGCAGGAAGACUGGACACCCAGUACGCAUGCAGAGCGUCAGGAGACAGGACAGGGCGCUGCCAGUGAGCAGAAAGACUGCACACCUGUUACACAUGCAGUGCGUCAGGAGACAGGGAAUGGUGCCGCCAGUGAGCAGGAAGACUGGACACCUGUUAUGCAUGCAGAGCGUUGGGAGACAGGGCAGGGUGCCGCCAGUGAGCAGGAAGACCGGACACCUGUUACACAUGCAGAGCAUCAGGAGACAGAACAUGGUGCCGCCAGUGAGCAGGAAGAUUGGACAUUGGAGACACAUGCAGAGCGUCAGGAGACAGGACAGGGAGCUGCCAAUGAACGGGAAGACUGGACACCUGUUACGCAUGCAGAGCAUUGGGAGACAGGGCAGGGUGCCGCCAGUGAGCAGGAAGACUGGACAUUGGAGACACAUGCAGAGCGUCAGGAGACAGGGUACGGUGCCGCCAGUGAGCAGGAGGACUGUGGGAGUGAGGAUAAAGUUGCGCCCUCGGAGGGGAACAUUAGCUGUGGUUUUAUAUGUUCUGAAUGUGGUAAGAUGUUCUCGUCUCAGUCUGAUCUCAGGGCCCAUUCUACCACACACACCAGAGACAAGCCUUCCUGCCCAGACUGCGGUAAAACAUUUGGACAUCAAUCAUCUCUUACGCGGCACCAGAACUCACACUGUGGCGUCCGGACUGGAAAACAUACCACUUCCACCAUCAGUGGUCAGAGCUGCAAUAAAUGUGGGAUAUGUCACAUGACCUUCCCUGGCCUGAACGAGCUUAGAAGACAUCUUGGAAGUCACACCGGGGACCAGCGAUACAUGUGCCGCGAAUGUGGUCGCACAUUUAACUGUAACUACUUCUUGGUGCGACACCAGAGGACGCACACGGGCGAGCGGCCCUUCACCUGUCCGCAGUGUAACAAGAGCUUCCGGUGCAUGUCCGUCUUAUGCCGACACCAGAGGACGCACACAGGCGAGCAGCCGUACCGGUGUGAGGUGUGUACACGAUGCUUCUCCCAGAAGACCAGUCUGAUCAUCCACCUGAGAACGCACACCGGAGAGCGACCAUUCUGCUGCCAGGUCUGUGGGCGGAGCUUCUGCUCUAGCUCCGCUCUGGUCCGUCACGAGCAAAGCUGCAGACAUGGCGGGAAUCGGACACGUGAGUAUCUUCUGCGUUAUUCCCCAGUACAUGUGGUAUAUCUCUUAUUUCACUGUCAUUCUAUGGCUAUCUCCUUCCAUUGCCAUAUGGCCAUCCAACAAGAAGUCUAGGAAACCCCUACUGUC